AUGGGGGUCGUGCAAUACAACGGCCAGCCCCAAACGUGCUCAAUCUGCAGCUCCACGGAGCACAUGAGGGCAACCUGUCCGAGGAGCAGACGUCCGGCGCAAUUGCCGCGCACAGAAGCCGCGGAUCCACCCCGAGAAAACGUCACUGCCAGCUACGCUGGAGCGGUAACACGCGACGCUCCACGAGUUCACGAGACGACCUCAGCGGAAGCGGCUGCCCCGUCAGCCGCCGCCACGGAGAGCCCAGCGGCUCCCCCGGCCGUGGCCAGCGCAGGUAGCGCGGGGGAGAAACGCCAGCUGAGCUCCGACUCGGAGUGUGAAAGUACAAUGGAGACCGACGCAGCCCAGGCCGCCGCCCCCUCCCCCGCCACCCGGCGGCCGAGCAUCGCGGAGGUCAGCGCCCCCGCCCAGCAGACAGCCGCGCCUGCCAACAGCCCUGCCGCACAGGCCGGGCCCAGCGCCGACGUCGCCACGCCGUACAGCGAGACGCGUGAGCUCGCCAUCAAAAAGCAAGUCACCAACUGGCCCGCAUUCUGA